ACCAUAAAGCGAGUACGGGGAAACUUAAUUCCAUCGUUCGUCGGAAGAGGUUCAAAAGUGCGUGUUUGCGGCGGGUGUGAAGGAUGUCCGGAGGAAUCGCCCGUGGUCGCCUCGCUGAGGAGCGCAAGGCCUGGCGUAAGAAUCACCCCCAUGGUUUUGUGGCUAAGCCCGAAACGCUUCCUGAUGGCUCCGUUAAUCUUAUGACCUGGCAGUGCACCAUCCCUGGCAAGCAGGGGACGGAUUGGGAAGGUGGCUAUUUCCCUCUUACACUUCUUUUCAGUGAGGAUUACCCCAGCAAACCUCCCAAAUGCAAGUUUCCUGCAAGUUUUUUCCAUCCUAAUGUCUACCCUUCUGGAACUGUGUGCCUAUCCAUUCUCAACGAAGACUAUGGAUGGAGACCAGCCAUUACUGUGAAACAGAUUUUAGUGGGGAUACAAGAUCUGCUCGAUCAGCCUAAUCCUGCCGAUCCUGCCCAGACUGAUGGUUAUCAUCUAUUCAUCCAGGAUGCAGUUGAGUAUAAGAAAAGGGUUCGUCAGCAAGCUAAACAAUAUCCAGCACUGAUCUAAUGUCGACCUUUGUGAUCGGAGCUGCUGCUUCUGUUAGUUAAGUGGUCAAACUCUUAGGUUGUGGUGUGGCUCAAGAAAGCAUGUGGAACUCAUUUUGGCAUAUAAGAUGCUAACAAACAGUAUAUAUUGUUCAAAAAUGACUGAUUAGUCCAUGGUUGUUUGGGUUUAAUCUCGCUAGUAAAUGUAGCUAAUACUUCAUUGUUGGUUUUGGAAGUAACUCGUCUGUAAGGUCAUCUACUAUGAAGAUGAAGGUAUUUUCAUUUUGGCUUUUA